AUGGGGUCAAGUAUAGUACAAAUCACACCUAUGGCUCUGAUCAAAAGGGUCUGGGAGAGAAUAGCGCCUCUUCAACUUGCCGAUAAAAGUUGGGAUAAUGUCGGUCCUAUGAUCGAAGCACCAUAUCCUAAUCCAAGUCAUCGACAAGUCCUCUUGACCAUCGAUCUAACACCCUCAGUAGCAGCAGAAGCAUUAUCAUUACCUUCAUUGGCAUUGGUAGUAUCAUAUCAUCCACCGAUAUUUAGAGGAUUGAAAUCAUUAACUCUUAAUGAUCCAUUACAAUCUUCUUUACUGAAAUUAUCUGCUAAAGGAAUCAGCGUAUUUUCACCUCAUACAAGCUUAGAUGCUACGCCCAACGGGAUCAAUACAUGGCUGGUUAAACCUUUUUUACCAUUUUCAAAAUCAGAUUCACCAAUUACCAAAUCAGAUUCCAAUAUUGAAGGAUUCGAAAACGCCGGUAUGGGUAGAAUAGUUGAUUUGAAAAUCCCUUUAGAUGUUAGACAGGUAAUUAAGAUGGUUAAAGAUCAUCUGGAAUUGGAUCAUGUUCAACUUGCUACUCCAGACUUAGAAAGACCGAUCAACUCAAUUGCAGUCUGUGCUGGAUCAGGUGCAAGUCUAUUCAAAGGUGUCAAAGCGGAUUUAUACUUGACAGGUGAAAUGUCCCAUCACGAGGUUUUAGCUGCUAUCCAUUCAGGAACAUCGGUCAUUUUAACAAAUCAUACAAAUACUGAAAGACCAUAUUUAUCUUCAGUACUAAGACCUUGGCUGGAAAAGGAAUUGAACGAUGAAUACUCGCAUGAUGGAGAUAAUCUGAAUAAUUGGGAAGUGCUAGUCAGUAAAGCUGAUAAAGAUCCUUUGAGGGUUAUCUAA